UGGGGAUCGCCACGAUCAUCUAUAACUUCGCCUGCUCCUCUUUCUACUGUAUCGUGAUGGCCUACCCUUUGUACUACGCCGCCAUGUCGUGUCAGCCAGACCUACCCUGGGCGUCUUGUGGCCACAGUUGGAACACAGAUAACUGUAGAGAGGCCAACUACACUGCACGCUCACUGGAGGUGCUGGAUGCUGUGGUGGUGGCUGUUACUAAUGGAACGGAGCAACUUAUUAAUGGAACCACGCAACUCGGCAGGUGUGGCGGAAUGCGACAGCUCAGGUCAUGUUCUCCAUGGGGAUGGGUUCGGGUCUGCUCAACACGCUGGCAAGUUACAACAAGUUUAACAACAACCUCCAGAGGGACGCGUUCCUCCUGCCAGUGAUGGACACAGUGACCAGCAUCUUUGCCGGACUGGUCAUCUUUGUGUACCUGGGUCAUAUGUCUUACCUGACGGGGAAACACAUGGACAACGUUGUGGAUGAGGGACCCGGCCUUGUGUUCAUCGCCUACCCCAGUGCCCUGUCCACGCUGCCCAUCCCACAGUUCUGGUCGAUCAUCUUUUUUCUCAUGCUGUUUUGUGUGGGGCUAGACAGUCAGUUCCUGCACGUCCAAAUCGUGAUCACCGCCCUGACUGACCGCUACCCGCACAAACUCCGGAGCAGAGGGAGGCUGCUCACCGCUGUGGUCUGCUUCAUCUUCUUCCUCCUUGGGUUGCCCUACACCAUGCAGGCCUCCUUCCUGCCUGCCAUGGCCAGUCGGGUCUGA